GACGCACACAUGGGCUCUGGCUGUUUGACACAACAAGCCACCCCACCUGCACUCUGAACCAUAGCUAUGUCCAUGGGUGACUAGCUUAGCCUGCUGACCAUAAACACACACUGUUCUCACCCUCUCUUUUCAAGAAACAGGGAACAACAUGCCUAUGCCGAGACGCAGAUCAUCCUUCUUAGGCCAGGCUUCCGCCACAGAGCGUUCGGCCGGGACCCGGAUCGGUACGGUGGGCGUCACCACGGCACCAAGAGGAGUGUUUGUAGGGACGGCACCCACAGGCGGCGCCUCCAGCCUGGGCACGCGGGUGUCGCGACGCGCCCUCGGGAUCAGCAGUGUGUUUCUGCAGGGCCUGAGAAGCAGUGCCGCACCGGUCCUGCCUCGGACCUGUGACAGAGCCCAGCAGGGGGGCUCCCAGGGCCUCAAUGGCUGCCUGAUGGAGUACAGGGACAAGGUGCACGCCCUGGAGCAACUUAACCAGCAGCUGGAAGAGCAGAUAAGACACUGCCUUGAUCGGAAAGCCUUGAGUGCCGGGGCAUGGGGCCCGCUGAGACAAGACUGGGAGGACGUCUACAGACAGGUCAGUGAAGCAAUCCUUGACAACGCCAGACUCAUGCUUCAGACGGAAAAUUUACAAGCUAACGCUGAGGACUUCAAGGACAGGUUUGACAAUGAGCAGCCUUUUAGGAAGGCUGUGGAGGAGGAGAUCAGUUCUCUGCACAAGGUCAUUGAUGAUGCAGACCUCACCAAAACCGACCUGAACAGCCAGAUUGAGAGCCUGAGACUCGAGCUCCAAGACUUGGAACGCAACCACGAGGAGGACGUGAGAGUCCUCUACAACCAGAUGGCAGGUCGUGAGGUGGAUGAGCCUGAUGCUCCAAUAGAAACCAGUCUGGACCAGAUUCUGGCCUACAUUCGCUCUCACUGGGAGAAAGUCAUUGAGAAGAACCGUGCUGAAACCGAUGCCUACUUGGAAAACAAGCAGGCAGAAACAGUGAACAGCAAACUGAGUCGGGAAGAGGAACAGCUGGAGACUUUGAAGAUAGAGUGUAAUGAUGCUGGCUGUAAGAUCCAGAGUCUACAGGCUGAAACGGAGUCGAUCAGAGCACUUAAACGAGGUUUGGAAAACUCCCUUUGUGAUGCUAAGCACUGGCAUGACAUAGAGCUUCAGAACCUGGGCUCUGUCGUUGGUAAACUGGAGUUGGAACUGGGCGACGUCCGCAGCGACAUUGAGCAACAGCGCCGUGACUACGAGACCUUAUUUGGAAACAAGAUGCGUCUGGAGCAGGAGAUUGGAAUGUACCACGGCAUCCUGGACGGAGAGGAGAGCCGUUACCAUCCCUCCAUGUGGUCUGGCAACCAAUCAGAGCCAGAGGGAAAUCAAACUGUUCCUCCUUUGGAUCCUCAAGGAAACAAAGCCUAUCAAGGUUCCAGCCCAUCUGGUAGUAAGUAGAGGUGUGCUUGAUGAACAUAGUGAACAUGACCAUAAGUAUGAUCAAUCCAAGCUAACUGAAGAUAUCCUAAUCCACUAACAAUCAUGUCACAAUGAGUAAAUAAAAAUGAUAUUCUCUACAAAAUGAUAGUUUGUGCAGUUUGUCAUCCUGGACCAACUUAAAAAAAUCCUCCUGUCUCUUAAAAAACGUCCUGUCCAUCUAUUGUGCUGAAGCCCCAUGGUGUGUAGCACCACAACGGAAGGUUAAGAGCCACGACCUACAAAAGGGUUCAAUACUAUUUCAAGCCAUUAAUAUAAGAAUGUACGAACAUUGUGGAAUGCCCUUGUAGUAGUAGUAGUUUUAGUAAUAUUAACCUCAUGCAUUUGUAUUAAAUAUUUUAAUCAAGCCACAAUAAUAGUUUGUCCCCCACAUCCUAGUUAACGUGUAAGCAACAACAGCAUUGCUGCUCACCAAAGCCACAUUUUGUUUGGAACAUGGAAUACAGGUGGCUACCAUUUUUCUACACAACAAAACAUCACAACUGCCAAUUAAGACGUUUUGAGCACCACAACAUAGCUCAAUUAGAUUAUUCCUAGUUUGAGCCCUACAUUGGACGACAAACUGGAAGAAGAUAAGCAGCUUUCCCAACUUGUACACAGUUUGCACAUUUGCACUUGUUAUCAAAGAAAUUUGACUAAAACACAUCACAAAGAUGCUAAUUUCCACCAGUUGAUCAGAAAGGUUACAUUUGUUCAAAACCAGAUGGGAAUAAACUAUAAUAUUUUGUCGCAAUUUGAGCACUGACUAAAGGACUUUAUUACAUUGCGCAAAUUACCUAACAUAGGUAUAAUUAGCUACAUGGACUUUUUACCACAAGUAUGUGCUUGAUUUUGGCCCCUACACCUAACUGUUGCCUAUACCAAUGUACUCAAUUCUGAAUUCACAUAAUUUUCUCCCAGUUUAAAAACUAUUUAAACUACGUCCUUUAGCAAACAACUUGAAAUUAUGUGGUUGCCCUGCACUAAAAGAAUAGCAGAACUCAUUUUUUCCAGUUCUGCUUAAUUGCCACAAUAACAUGUCGCUGUACCUUUCGGUGAACAUUAGAUCUGAAGUCCUGUUCAAACCUCUGUCUACAUCCCAUUCUGUUUGUUUAAAUCACUCCAGUUACAGAGAGGAAUUAAAAACCCCACCAAACCUUCAGACAUGAUCAUAAAACCCAGGCUUGUUCAUUCAUAUAAUGUAUGCACUUAUUCACCACUACCAUUUCAGAGGUAUUGGCGUAGCAGGCUUAGAAUGUGAAGCACAACUGGAUCUGUAGUACCUUGUACACAGAGCAUAGCUGCCUCAUCCUUGUUCAUGGAUCUUUAC